UCAUCUUAUUAUUUUUGGGGUUACAUCAUCUUCUUAAUUUUGGCCAACUGUCAAUACAACAACUCUUUCCUUAACUAUAAAUACAUCUUCAUCAGAGAUUCAACAAAUAAACAUAUUUUUCACUAACUCUCUCUAAGAGAUUCAAGAUGCCAAUCUCAGAGAAAUCUUCUGCUACUAAUACGAGGUUAGUUGUUAAGAAGCUUUUCGCCAGACAGCUACAUGAAGGAUUUGGUGCUGUUGUAAGAAGAAGCAUCGGAAGGUUUGAGUUCAGAUACUUCGACCCAUUUCUUGUCCUGGAUGAAUUCUCAGUUUCAGCUCCUGCAGGAUUCCCAGAUCAUCCACACAGAGGUUGGUUUUGUUAUCGUUAUUUUAAACGCAGUUUACACGUUAAGUUUGCGUUUACACGAGAAAAAACAAAUAUUUUGAAUAAUAAAUUUCAACUUUCAUAAAGAUGUUAGUAUAUACCUUUCAUUUGACGUUUAUGUUUAUAAUUACUUAAAUUAACAUAUGUAUAAUUUUUCUUUAAGAUAUUUUAAGUCAUGGUUUCAUUUGGAAGCACAUUUAAUUUAUACACAAACCUAAGUUGCAAUGCUAAUUAAAAAUCAAGGCAUUAAUCUUCACCUUCUGAUAAAAGCAGAAUACAUAUGACCACACUAACCAAAGCUAUCACUAUAUCAUGGUUCUUCUUGUUUACUAUUUGUUUUUUCUUUUCCAAAAUCAGGAUUUGAGACAGUCACUUACAUGUUAGAGGGAGAGAUUUUGCAUGAAGACUGUGAAGGACACAAAGGAGUAAUAAGAGAAGGAGGAUUACAAUGGAUGACUGCAGGAAAAGGCAUUGUUCAUUCUGAAAUGCCUUCUUCUAAUUCCAAUGGCAUUACUCACAACAAGGGCUUGCAGCUUUGGAUCAAUCUCUCCUCAAGACAAAAACUAGUGGAGCCGAGUUAUCAAGAGAUAGAGAGUAAAGACAUAGCAGAAACAGAGAAAGAUGGUGUGAGAGUUAGAGUCAUAGCAGGAGAAUGGAAUGGAGUUAAGUCAAAGAUCUGCACAAGAACGCCAACAAUGUAUUUAGACUUCACUCUCUCGCCGGGUUCUCGAAUCUCUCAACCCAUUCCACUUCACUGGAACGCGUUUGUCUAUGUUCUUCAAGGCCAUGGUCACUUUGGGGAUUCCAAGUUACAACAUUCAGCCGCUGCUGCGCACCACUUGCUGGUUCUAGGCCUAGGUGGUGACAUGUUAGAGGCUUGGAACGGUUCUGAUUCCGGUUUGCCUCUUCGGUUUAUCCUUGUGGCUGGUGAGCCUAUAGGUGAACCAAUGGUUCAGUUUGGUCCUUUUGUUAUGAACACACAAGAAGAGAUUGAUGAGACCAUUGACGACUUUGAGAAUUUUAGAAAUGGGUUUGAAAAAGCUAGACAUUGGAAGUCUCAAGCUGCUUCUGCCUUGGGACUGUUCUGA